CUCCUGGAACUCUCACACGCGAAAUGCGCCCAUAUAUCCCUGCUAGCGGGCGAGCCAUCCCGCGGAGAGCGCGCUGGCGUUGAUAUCGGAGAGGAGCGGCGGAGCCUCGCCCGUGACGGCCGAGGGCAGCCGUGCUGGCACUACGGGGCCGAGAUCCGGGAGCCGGCCGGCCGGUCGGUCGGCCUCGGUUUAAGGAGGCAUCUUCGCCGCAGGUGAACUGAACUCACGCCGGCUCGUCUUCUUCCCCAGAAUACAACAGUACGACGUUAUGUUUGGAAUUGAAAACUCUAGUCAGUCUAGUUGUCCAUCGAAAUUGUGGUGGGCGGCAUCGACCGAGAGCUAGGAUUUUGGGGGUAGGGAUCCUCUUCCCCGUCUGGUCCGCUGGGCUCGAUUCGUUUCCAUACGGUCGAGACCUCGCGCGCGCGGAUCCGGCGGCGGGCCCGAACCGAAGGGCCAGCAUAAAUAGGCACUCCAUGCGAAGUAGAGAUUUAAGGUCGGUGAUUGAUUGUCUCGCCGACGCCGAGCAACCGGAAAAUUUCGAGCGAUUCGGUUCGUCAUGGCCUGCCGGCUCGCGCUCUCCAAGAUUGCGAGACAUAAGCCGGCGAACGCGAUUUACAAUGAGGCAGCUGUUGCGGCGGCAACAUCAGGUCCUUCUUUCAGGGCACCUGCUGCAAAUGCAAGUAGUGGCACAGGCACUGUGCUUAGAAAUCUACAACAGCGGAGGUACCGACCAAGCUUUGCUAGUCAGGGGGCACGGGGCGUGCACGAUGACGCCACUUAUCGAGGAAUUUUAAGUGCAGCAAGGAAGGAAGGACAUGUUCUUGGUACAGAAAGUGCACCCUUUUACAUAGUAGAGAAAGAUCUAGUUGCAAAGCAGCUCCUGCGUACUUGUGGAGGCCUUAUAGUCACCGGCGCUGUAUUCUAUGGCCUUCAUGGUUUGAACAAUGUGGGAGUUCUUCAGUCUGAAGAUCUGAAAGAAGCUCCGGAGGAAUGGAAAGAAGUGCCUACGGAUUGGAGCACAAAAUUCAGUGAUGUAAAGGGGGUUGAUGAAGCCAAAGCUGAGCUCGAGGACGUCAUAUGCUACCUACGAGAUCCCGAUAGUUUCACACGCCUUGGUGGCAAGCUUCCAAAGGGUAUUCUGCUUGCUGGCCCACCGGGGACAGGAAAGACCAUGUUGGCAAGGGCUGUGGCCGGUGAAGCAGGCGUACCAUUCUUCGCGUGCAGAGGCAGCGAAUUCGAGGAGGGACCUAAAAGAAUGAGGGAGCUCUUCAGUGCAGCAAAGAAGCGAUCCCCUUGCAUAAUAUUCAUCGAUGAGAUUGACGCCAUUGCUGGGCGCAAGAAUGCAGAUGAUACAAAGUCGCGGAGGGAGAUCUUGAAUCAGCUGAUUGUUGAGAUGGAUGGAUUCAAGCAGAAUGAUGGGAUUAUAGUGAUGGCAGCAACCAACGUUGCCCAGUCACUAGAUAAAGCCAUCAUUAGAUCUGGGCGUUUUGACCGUCAUGUUCAGGUUCCUACUCCAGAUGUUGAGGGCCGGCGGCAGAUCCUUGAGGCUUAUAUGUCAAAGGUGAAAGCCAAGAGUGUGGAUGUGCUGACCAUUGCCAGGAUGACGUCUGGGUUAUCAGGUGCAGACCUUGCAAACCUAGUUAACGAUGCUGCUCUCAAGGCUUCCAGGGAUGGGGCAAAUGCUGUUGGGAUGGAUCACCUUGAGUAUGCCAGGGGGAGGAUCAUCGUGGGCAGCCAGCGCAAGUCGAUGGUGAGAUCUGAUCAUUCCAGGAAGAUGACUGCGUACCACGAGAGUGGGCACGCCAUUGUUGCUAUCCUCACGGACGGUGCUAACCCUGCCCACCAGGCCACCAUUGUGCCCAGGUCAAAAAGUCUUGGCUUUGUGGAGCCACUGCCGCCGUUAGACAGCACGUCACGCUCGAGGAAGCAGAUGCUGGCUAUGCUGGAUGUACUCAUGGGAGGGCGAGUGGCCCAGGAGCUUAUAUUUGGAGAAGCUGGGGUCACCACAGGAGCCUUGUCUGAUCUAAGCCGGGCGACUCAGCUGGCGACAGAGAUGGUCACCAAGUAUGGUAUGAGCAAACGGGUCGGUCUUGUUUCCUAUAACAAGAAUGACGGUGGGAAGACGGCAACCAUGAGCGGGAAAACGACAGCCUUGGUUGAUGAGGUGGUAAAAGAGUUAUUGGACAACGCUUACAAGAACGCGAAAACAAUUCUCACCAAGCACGAAAGGGAGCUUCAUGCACUAGCAAACUCCCUCCUGAAGCAUGGAACUCUCAGCGGUGAUGAGAUCAGGAAAUUAGUGUCGAAAGAAGGACAAGGACGUGGACUUAGCAGUUGUCAGCAGAAUCAGGAAGCAUCUCCUCUCACUGGCGACAAAAUCAUGAAACCAAUAUCGACGCAAGUACAAGCUAGUGGGCUUAAAAAUGGCCAGCAGAAUCCGGAAGCAUCUCCUCCUCUUGCCGGCGACAAGAUCACAAAGCUAGUGUCCACAGAAGGACAAACAGGUGAACUUAACAAUCAUCAACGGAAUCAGGAAGCAUCUCCUUCUUUUGCUGGAGAUGAGAUCACGAAACAAGUAUCCACACAAGGGCAAGUAAGUGGACUUAACAAUGGUCGGCAGAAUCAGGAAGUAUCUCCUUCCCUCACUGGCAACAAGAUCACAAAGCUAGUAUCGACAGAAGGACAAGUAGGUGGAGUUAACAAUGGUCAGCAGAACCAGGAAACAUGUCCUUCUCUCGCUGGUGACAAGAUCACGAAACCAGUAUCCACACAAGGAAAGGGAGAUGAUCUUAACAAUAGCCAGCCUGAUCAGGGAACACCUUCUUCACCCUAUCUCAAGAGAGCAGUGUUUGGUAUCCUGUCAUUCGGAAAGAAUCUUGCGAGGCUUAGACCGGGAAAUGUGAUUUACAAUGAGGUAGCUGCGGCGGCGGCGACGUCAGCUCCUUCUUUCAGGGCGCCUGCUGCAAAUACAAGUAGCGGCGCAGGCAGUGUGCUUAGAAAUCUGCAGCAGAGGUACCAAUCAAGCUUUGCUGGUCAGAGGGUACGAGGCAUAUACUCUGGCGCUGCUUCUCGAGCAAGGGAGAAAGGUUGCGCUCUUGGUACGGCUAGUGCACCCUAUUAUGUAGUAGAGAAAACUCUACUUAAGAAGCAGCUUCUGCGUACUGCUGGAGGCCUUGUAGUUACUGGUGCUGCAAUCUAUGGCCUUCAAACAUUGGAGGAUGUCCAAGCUGGCACGUUCGAAGCUUUGAAAGAAGUGCCUAGGGAUUCGGGCGCAAAAUUAAGUGAUGUAAAGGGGGUUGAUGAAGCCAAAGCUGACCUUGAGGACAUAGUUCAUUACUUACGAGAUCCCAAGAGUUUCACACGCCUUGGUGGCAAGCUUCCGAAGGGCAUUUUGCUUGUGGGCCCACCUGGCACAGGGAAGACCAUGUUGGCAAGGGCUGUGGCUGGGGAAGCCGACGUCCCUUUCUUCGCGUGCAGUGGAAGUGCUUUCGAGGAGAUGUAUGUGGGUGUUGGGGCUAAGAGAGUGAGGGAGCUCUUCCGUGCAGCAAAGAAGCAAUCUCCUUGCAUAAUAUUCAUCGAUGAAAUCGAUGCAGUUGGUGGGCACAGAAACUCUGAAGAACCAACAUGGGCGAGGCAGACCCUUAACCAGCUGCUUGUUGAGAUGGAUGGCUUCAAGCAGAAUGAUGGGAUUAUAGUGAUCGCAGCAACUAACUCCCCCCAGUCACUAGAUAACGCCCUUGUCAGGCCUGGACGUUUUGACCGUCUAGUUCAUGUUCCUAUUCCAGAUGUUGAGGGCCGACGGCAGAUCCUUGAGGCAUAUAUGUCAAAGGUGCUGAAAGCCAAGGGUGUGGAUGCAAUGACCAUCGCGAAGGAGACACCUGGGUUGUCAGGUGCAGACCUUGCAAACCUAGUGAACGACGCUGCUCUCAAGGCAUCCAGGGAUGGGGCAAAUGCUGUUGGGAUGGAUCACCUCGAGUAUGCCACAGACAGAAUCAACAUGGGUACCGAGCGCAAGUCGAUGGUGAUAUCUGAUCGUUCCAGGAAGAUGAUUGCAUACCACGAAGGUGGGCACGCCCUUGUUGCUAUCCUCACGGAUGGUGCUGAUCCUGUUUACAAGGCCACCAUUGUGUCCAGGGGAAAUGCUCUUGGUAUGGUGGCGCAGUUGCCAGGGGAAGACGAUGGGCUCCAAAUCUCGAGGAAGCAGAUGCUGGCGAUGCUGGAUGUCUGUAUGGGUGGGCGGGUGGCCCAGGAGCUUAUAUUUGGAGAAAUUGGGGUCACCACGGGCGCCUCGUCUGAUCUAAGUCAGGCGACUCAGCUGGCGACAGACAUGGUCACCAAGUAUGGUAUGAGCGAGCGGGUCGGCCUUGUUUCCUAUGACAAGAACGGCGCUGGGACCAUGAGCGGGAGAACGGAAGCCUUGGUUGAUGAGGUGGUAAAAGAAUUGUUGGAUAAUGCUUACAAGAACGCGAAAAAGAUUAUCACAGAGCACGACAAGGAGCUUCAUGCAGUAGCAAACUCCCUCCUGAAGCAUGGAACUCUCAGAGGUGCUGAGAUCAUGAAACUAGUGUCGGCACAACAAGUAGAUGGUCUUAACAACGGUCGACAGAAUCAGGGAACACCUCUUGCUGGUGAUGAGAUCACAAAACAAGUACCAAGAGGACAAGUAGAUUGCCGUAACAGUAGUCAGCAGAAUCAGGAAACAUUUCCUUCUCUCUCUGGUGACGUGACCACGAAACAAGUACCGGCAGAAGGACAAGUAGAUGGUCUUAACAUUAGUCGGCAGGAUGAGGGAACACCUUCUCUCAAGGGAGAUGCAACCACGAAACAAGCGUCGACACAAGGACAAGCAUGUGGACGUAACAAUGGUCAGCAGAAUCAAGAAACAUCUCUCGGUGAUGACAAGAUCACGAAACCAGUGUCGACGGAAGGACAAGCAGGCAGACUUAAAAAUGGUAAGCAGAAAAAAGAAACACCUCAGUCUCUUGCUGGUGACGAGACCACGAAAUCAGCAUCGACACACCCACAAGCAGAUGGUCUUAGCAAUAGUCAGACAGAUCAGGGAACACCUUCGUCCUAGCAGUGGAGGCGCUUACAGAUAGAAGUACGGAGUAACUUUUUCUUUUUCCUGACAAACUUUUGUUUCAUGCACACAAAAUGUAAGAGAGUGGUGUGUUCGGUUCUGGAUUUCUCUGGCUUGUGUUUCUCAAGUCUGAAGAGAAUGCGAUGUGUACCGUACCACAACUUCCGUCCGCCUGUUGUGUUUUGAGUCAGCAAAACUACAGCUUUGGAUCAAACUUGAAUGUAACCCCCUGAUAUUUCGAGUACAAUUGUUUCUUCUA